AUGACUGAUAGAUGGCUCCAGUUAAAUGUAGAAGGAAAAUGCAAUGGACAAUGUAAUUGUCUGAGUAAUGAUAGAAUACCUGGCCUAGAGGUCAAAAAGGAUACUAGUAUUGAUAAGGUCACUAACUUUACCAAAUAUGUCCAUUGGGUUCCAGGUGGAGGAACAUUCAAGUUAAAUAAAAAACUCAGCAAUGGUGAAGAAAUAAAAGUGUCAGGAAUAAGAUCGACAGGACAACCCAUAAAAGGUGUAGUGAGUGUCUCUGUUUUCUAUUGGAAUAACAAUCUUGGUAACCCGAUCCUUCUAGAAGUUACCACUACUGGCACAACUGGAACUAAGUAUUAUGCCAAGGAUGAUGAUGAUGGUGAUAAGUGGACUGAACAUGGACAACUCUCAGGAGAUGGUGAAAAGCUUGAGCAGUUACUGGACGACCUUAACUGUUACAACAACAAUGCAGUUACCUUGGAUCUAUCACAUGAGAAUUCUAGCAAACUUUCUGACAAGGUAUCCAGUAAUCAGAACAAAUACUGUUGUACUUACCAUAAGAAUGGUGAUAAUGGUGGAAAGGUCUCCGUUGAGAAAGUAAAUGUUUAUUGUAAGAAUCAUAACAGCACGAGCACUGUUACUGCCUAUAAGCACUCUAUUUCUGGUGAUGGGUUGAAACUUGCUAAGAUGAAGUACUAUGAUAGUAGCACUAAUCUACAACGUAUACAACCUUCUGGACUGAACUUUCCUAUUCCCGGGCCAGUAGAUGUUUAUGCCUUUUACUGUAACGAUAAGGAUCCCGUUCUUAUAUAUAUCGAAGGAAGUGGGCAAGCCAAUGCUAAAGGCUGGUACAAGAAAAGUACUGAUGGUAAUACAUGGGAAAAAGUCUUGGAUGAAGUUCCUGACCCAGAAAGCAUCACAGGCUGCGACAAAUAUAAUCAACUUGUGAAUGCACUAAAAACCCUUUCUGGAUGUGGCUAUCAACCAUGCGAGUUGCCAUUUUGGCAGCAUGCAGUUUGUGGUAGCACUGCCGGCGUAAUCGAACACAUUUCACUCUUUCCCCUAGAUACCAUAAAGACGCGUUUACAGACUGAACUCUGCAAAUGUGCCAGCGGUUCUGGAAUUUGCAAUGUAGUUAAACCGGAACUAUCGCAAGGCAGACAUAGUAUUGUGAACAUGUCUGGCAUUUCAAGAUUGGCUAGUAUUUCUGGAUGGCUUAGAACCUCACCAGUAAAUAGAAUAACAAUGCCAAUGUAUACAGAUAUUGCAACACAGUAUUUGGCCAGAGCUUCAACCAAGACGAGAAGUAACGUCUCUGGAAACCUUUUUAGGGGCUCAAAUGUUAUCGUAAUUGGGUGUGUUCCAGCCCAUAUUUUAUAUUUUACGGUUUAUGAAAGUGUAAAGAGGACUAAUGUGGCGCUCUCUGGUGCAAUGGCCACACUUUGUCAUGACUUUAUACUCACACCGGCAGAUGUAAUAAAGCAAAGACUUCAGUUGGGAUGCUACAAAGGCACUCUUGACUGCAUGCACUCUGUAAUAAAGUAUGAGGGAGUCAAGGCUCUUUUUAGAAGCUUUUCAGUAACCCUAUUUAUGAAUGUACCAUACCACGCGUUACUUGUUUCGGUGAUGCAAUUUCUAAGGGAUAGGGGUGGAGAAGGAAAAAUUAACCACUUCGUAUAUGCAGGAAUCGGAGGUGCCGUAGCUGGCGCUCUAACAACACCAUUUGAUGUGAUAAAGACCAGACUUCAAACACAAACUUGCUAUCUACCAUCAAAGCCAAAGCAAUUCACUCCACAGUACAAGAACGUACUGGGUACCGCAAAAAACAUUAUAGUCAAAGAAGGCUUUAAAGGCUUCUUCAGAGGGGCCACAACCAGAGUAGGAAUAUGCACACCCGCAGCUGCAAUCUCCUGGGGGACCUAUGAAUCCCUCAAGCAAUUUUUUAAAUUAUGGAGUUAA